AAACCGGAAGCCCGAAGCCGAAGCCGAUCGAGCCAGAGACCGACCUCUCCUCCGCCGCACCGAACUCCGGCGAGCCCACGUGAACACCACCACUCUCCGACGACCGUGCGUCUCGUUGCGUUUGGCUUCUCUUCUCGUCGUCGUCGUCGUCGUCGCGUACGUACGGUGUGGUUCUUGAGGGCGGACGCGACGACGGCGGCGGCGGUGUACGAGAUGGAGGUGGCGGGGAUGAGGAAGGCGUCGUCGCACGCGUCGAUGGCGGCGGCGGCGGCGGACCCGGACGACUUCGACCUGACGCGGAUGCUGAACCACCGGCCGCGGAUCAACGUGGACAGGCAGCGCUCCUUCGACGACCGCUCCCUCGCUGAGCUCUCCAUCUCCGGCACGGCCAGCCGCGGCGGCGGCGGAGGAGGGUACCCGGCGAUGAUGGAGAGCUACGAGAGCAUGUACUCCCCCGGCGGCGGGCUCCGGUCCCUGUGCGGCACCCCGGCGUCCUCCACCCGCCUCUCCUUCGACCCCCACCCCCUCGUCUUCGACGCCUGGGACGCCCUCCGCCGCUCCCUCGUCUGCUUCCGCGGCCAGCCCCUCGGCACCAUCGCCGCCGUCGACCACUCCUCCGACGAGGUCCUCAACUACGACCAGGUGUUCGUGAGGGAUUUCGUGCCGAGCGCGCUGGCGUUCCUGAUGAACGGGGAGCCGGAGAUCGUGAAGAACUUCCUGCUCAAGACGCUGCUGCUGCAGGGGUGGGAGAAGCGGAUCGACAGGUUCAAGCUGGGGGAAGGGGCGAUGCCGGCGAGCUUCAAGGUGCUCAAGGACGCGAAGCGAGGAGGGGCGGAGCGGCUGGUGGCGGACUUCGGGGAGAGCGCCAUCGGGCGGGUGGCGCCGGUGGACUCCGGCUUCUGGUGGAUCAUCCUCCUCCGCGCGUACACCAAGUCCACCGGCGACCUGUCGCUGGCGGAGACGGCGGAGUGCCAGCGCGGGAUCCGCCUCAUCAUGAACCAGUGCCUCGCCGAGGGCUUCGACACCUUCCCCACCCUCCUCUGCGCCGACGGCUGCUGCAUGAUCGACCGCAGGAUGGGCGUGUACGGGUACCCAAUCGAGAUCCAGGCCCUCUUCUUCAUGGCGCUACGGUGCGCACUGCUGAUGCUGAAGCCGGACGCCCCCGAGGGGAAGGAGACGAUGGACCGCGUGGCGACACGGCUCCACGCACUCACCUACCACAUGCGGUCCUACUUCUGGCUCGACUUCCAGCAGCUCAACGAUGUCUACCGCUACCGCACCGAGGAGUACUCCCACACUGCGGUCAACAAGUUCAACGUCAUCCCGGAGUCCAUCCCGGACUGGGUGUUCGACUUCAUGCCCAGCCGCGGCGGCUACUUCGUCGGCAACGUCAGCCCCGCCCGGAUGGACUUCCGAUGGUUCGCACUGGGCAACUUCGUCGCCAUCCUUGCGUCCAUGGCGACGCCCGAGCAGGCGGCGGCGAUCAUGGACCUCAUCGAGGAGCGGUGGGAGGACCUCAUCGGGGAGAUGCCGCUCAAGAUCAGCUUCCCGGCGAUCGAAUCACACGAGUGGGAGUUCGUCACCGGGUGCGACCCCAAGAACACCCGGUGGAGCUACCACAAUGGCGGAUCCUGGCCAGUGCUCCUGUGGCUGCUGACGGCGGCGUGCAUCAAGACGGGGAGGCUGAAGAUCGCGAGGCGGGCGAUCGAGCUCGCCGAGGCGAGGCUGGCGAGGGACGGGUGGCCGGAGUACUACGACGGGAAGCUGGGCCGCUACGUGGGCAAGCAGGCGAGGAAGCUGCAGACGUGGUCCGUCGCCGGCUACCUCGUCGCCAAGAUGAUGGUGGAGGACCCCUCCCACCUCGGCAUGAUCUCCCUCGAGGAGGACAGGGCCAUGAUGAAGCCCGUCCUCAAGCGCUCCGCCUCCUGGACCGUGUAAAUUACUAAUUAAUUAUGGUGAAAAAACUUUGAUUGAUCCAUGCAAAAAAUAGUACAGAAAGAAGAAAAUGUGUUUGUUUUGGGGGAUUUUCCGCUUUUUCACAAACCAUUCGUUCCGAAUUUGGAAGGCGUGGUUUGGGCUAGCUAUAUGGUUGUGAUCAGUUGUACACUAUGUAAUUAAUGAUCAAACAUAGGGGGGAAAAGAAUAUGUGGAUGUCACAUGGACUGAACUUUUACCGUGGAAUUUAAACAUUUCACACUCACCCUAGGGCCUCGAUCUGAUUGGUCACUGUCAAACCCAAACUAGUGGAAUAAUAAAUUUUGAUUACGUA